AUGUUCUUCGACAUCCCAGCACAGACCUUUAUGGAACAGAGCCUGAUCUGGGAUCUGGCUAAUGUCUUCACUCGGGCAGCCAAGGCAAGCAAGUGGUCGCCAUUGACCGAGGCCGCAAUAGAUGCGAAGGCCAAGGAGUUUGCGGAGUGGCGAAAGCUGAACCAGGCCAAAUUCGACGCCGUCGGCCUGAGCAUACAGGAUCUGAUGACUGCCUUGGAUAGCAUGGCGCCGCAGGUGUAUGCCGACUGGGAGGCAUACAAGGAGCGUGUGGCUGCUGAGAAGGACGCUCGCAAGAAGGCUGAUGCACUUGCUGUCGCUGGUUCAUCGAAGCAGAAGACCCCGGCGACUGGCUCGUCCAAGACUGGCGGCCCACCCCAGGAGCUCGUCAACUAUGUUGGCAACUUCGACGAUGAGCCAUCUUCUAGAGACCAGGCCAAGCUGUGGUGUCGCUUCCUUAACCUUCUACUAUACAACGUCGGUCUCGCUGUGUAUCGCGCUCGCUUGAAGGAGUACUACGCACCGACUGGCAAGACGGGUGUUUCCUUCCCAACCCAAGAAGACAUAAAUCGCAGCUUUGCCAACAUCGAUGACACAGACACCGAGGAUGAGUUUGGCGGUGAGAUCGACCUAGACGUAAUAGACAUCGAGCGACCACAGUCCCCGUUGUCUCGUCGUCGUGAGUAG